AUGCGCGGCGAUGCGCUUGGCGCGCUGCACGGCAUUCCAAUAUCCAUCAAGGACCUGGAAAUGUCGAAGGGCAUCCGCUCCACGAGUGGCUCGCUCCCGUUCAAAGACCGCAUCCCCGAUGAGGACUCGAUUGUGGUGGAGCGCGUCAAGGCUGCGGGCGCAAUCAUAUUGGGCAAGACGAACACUCCGGAGUUCGGGCACAGGGGCACGACGGAGAACCUGCUCGGCGAGCCGUGCCGCAAUCCGUGGAAUACGGCACGUACGCCGGGAGGAUCGAGCGGUGGCGCGGCUGCAGGAUUGGCUGCGGGGCUAUCCGCCAUAUCGACCGGCAGCGACGGGGGCGGGUCCAUUCGCAUACCCGCCAGCUUCUGUGGGCUAUACGGUAUCAAGCCGACGCAGGGUCGCGUGCCUCGGUAUGCUGGACGUAGCGCUCCUAUAAUCGUAAAUCAGCUUGGGCAGUCGGGGCCCAUCACGCGCACGGUGCGCGAUGCUGCAAUCCUGCUGCAGGAACUAGCCGGUUGGGAUGCGAGGGACCCGGGGUCACUGCGUGAUACGCCGGGGGACUACCUUGCCGCGCUUGACCGCGACAUCAGCGGCUUGACAAUUGGGUGGAGCCCCGAUUUCGGAUACGCUGCCGUUGAUCCAGAAGUCGUGGAUUUGUGCAGCAGCGCGGCGCGAGUGUUUGAGGGUAUGGGCUGCUCGGUCAGCGAUGGCGGCUUCGCUAUCGAAUCGCCGCAAGAGCCGUUCCGCGUAAUAUUCGCGUCAAACACAUACGCCUCCUCGGGCUACCUGCUGCACGAACGGCCUGACGAGCUGACGGACUACUUCCGCGAGGCGAUGGAGCAUGGGGCGACACUUACCGCCGCCGAUUACGCCAGAGCGCUUGGCGCGAUAGUCGGGUUGAAGGCGCAGUUUGAUGCCUUCUUCGAGAGCCACGACCUGCUGCUGUCGCCAACGAUGGCGGUACCCGCGUUCGAGAUAGAGCAGCAUCCCACGACCAUUGGCGGGCAGGAAGUUGACCCCUUCUUCGGCUACCUGCCGUUCACAUACCCAAUCAACGCCAUCGGGCAUACUGCGGCGAGCGUACCGUGCGGCUUUUCGUCGGAUGGCAUGCCCAUUGGCUUGCAUAUUGUGGGACGCAUGGGAGACGAGGAGACGGUGCUCGCAGCGUCGGCGGCAUUCGAGCGCGCGAUGCCGUGGGCGGACAAGAGGCCGACGGUGUCUUAA